CCUCGCACGCCUUUCUUUGCACGUCGAAAGCAGUAGCAUACACAACAAUCACUAAAAAACUCGCCAUGAAAACCGAUAUUUAAAUAAACAAGACCUUGAUACACGGAAAUACAUUUAGUAGCUUAUCUCACUUCUCAAGUCUUGACUUUGUACAACAACCCUUGAUCCACAGAAGACUUAACAGAAUGCACAAUAGACUUUUUAAUCUAAACACUUUGAAAAUAAAUUAGAGGGAAAUGCACAGUGCCAUGUUUCCCUGAGAGCAUGGGAGUAAUAAGUAGGAACAGAAAGAAAUAUAAAGGCCUGUAAACAUACAACGGCCUGUCGGUUCUUUAUCACAAAUCUCACUCUUUUUUAACUCUUCCUUUAUUCCUUCUCAUUCUUUCCCAAUCUACACUUGCUUCCCUACCAAUCUACUGCUAUACCAUAAAAUGCCGUAAUACUCGAUAAUCGGAAAUCGGAACUAAUCGGUUUAACGUGACCAGCGGUACGGCCGGUCACUAUGGGAUAUCUUUCCUCUUGCAAUGCAGAGUCAUCCAUCUCAAUCUCAACAUGCAUUUCAUCGCCUAACCAAACGAUACCUGAUAAUUUUCGUGUCAAACAAUUUUCUUACUCUCUUCUACAUUCUUCGACAAAUGCGUUCUCUUCAUCUAAUUUUCUCGGUAAAGGCAGUCAGAGCUCCGUGUACAAAGCCUCGCUUUACGACGGCAAGGUCACCGCCGCGGUGAAAUUAACAUCUCUCUCCGCCGCUGACAACGAAAUCGAGAUUCUCUCGCGCAUUCGGAGUCCGCGCAUCGUCAAUUUACUCGGAUUUUCAAUUGAUUCUAAUAAUCGCCGGCUUAUCGUGGUUGAAUUCAUGCCGAACGGAACUUUACAUGAUCUGCUCCACGUCAGCGGUUCGGUGCCGAGUUGGAAUCGGCGGUUACGACUCGCGAUUCAAAUCGCGAAAGGCGUCUCGCAUUUGCAUUCGCUCAGUCCGCCGGUGAUUCACCGCGAUAUUAAGUCGUCGAAUGUGUUGAUUGAUUUCAGUCGGAGCGCGCGGCUAAGUGAUUUCGGAUUGGCGUUGAGAGGACACGGGGAUGAUGCGCGCGUGAAAUGCACGCCGCCGGCCGGCACGUUCGGUUAUUUAGAUCCUUGCUAUCUUGCGCCGUGUGAUCUCAGUACAAAAAGUGAUGUGUUCAGUUUUGGAAUUCUAUUAUUAGAGAUGAUUAGCGGUAGAAAAGCAAUUGAUAUGAAGUUUAGUCCGCCGUCGGUGGUGGAUUGGGCGGUGCCGAUCAUCAAGUCCGGCGAUCAUCUAGGGAUAUGUGAUCGGAGAAUUAAACGGCCGGAGAAUGAGGCGGUGGUGAGAGAGAUCGUGAUUGUGGCGGCGAGAUGUGUGAGAUCGAAGGCGGAGAAGCGGCCGGAGAUGUCGGAGGUGGUGCAGUGGCUAAAAGAGGCGAGAAAAGGAGUGUUUUCGUCAUCCACGACCAUUUGGAGUAGUUUUGGGCGGCGCGUGGGAUGUUCUACUCAGCGCGUGAUGUACGACGCGUUGGAGGAAUAUAAAUGCAGUAGUAGUGAUGUGGUCAAAGCAUCCAGAAGCGGGAAUAGAAGGAACAGGAAAGUGUCUAGUGUUGUGAGUGCUGAGUUGGAAAGUCUAAAGUUCGGUUCGGAUUCAAUUUUAGUUUCGAAUUUAGGUUCGGGUCGAAUUCGGUUAAAAUCGAAAUCGAUUGGUUCGAUAAAUGAGAUCGAAAUUGGGCUGUUGGAUGAGAAUGUGGUCAGGAAGAAGUUGGGAUUGGGAGUGAAGGGGAGUAGUGUGAGGGGAUUGAGAAAGUCAAGGUCAACGAGUGUUUUGCAGGGGAGAGAGUUGGUUGAGAAUAAUAAAGAAGAGGGAGUAGAGGAGAAUGUGAAAAUAGCAAACAGUAGUGAAUUGGUAGUGUCUAAAUUGUUGAUUGAUAAUCUAGGAAAACAACUCAAGAAACUUGAUUAUUGAUUUUACAGCAUUGUGUUUGAAAUUUUGUACUUAAGGAAAGAACAUGGUGUAUUUAUUAUUUCUUCAUCA